UAUUAUAACAGUAUGCGGUUUGCCGAAGAUAUUUGAAAUAUAGUAAAAAGAACAUUAUUCAUUUGUGUGCAUGGUGUACUUCAAGAAAUACCAUGAUUAUAAUACAAUAUAUUUACGUUUUUCUUUAUGUAAGCGGUAAGUCAAUGUUUACUUACUCCAAUGUAAUCGGAAGCUUAAACUUUGACUCGAUAAAAUGCUCACCAAAUGAUUUGCUUUGUGUUGAAAACAAAACCACGCACGAUUCGCCAUCUGUAAAGUUUUCGGGUAGUUUUAUUUAUAUGCUGUGGUCGCAAUACAAUUACAAUGAAAAUAAAAUUAAUAACAGUCGGAUAAAUUACGCAAACUAUAAGAUACGAAACCAAGAAGAUCCAAAAGUUGAUGAUUAUGCGAGGAAAUCAAAAAGUAAGGUUUCAAUAAAAAACCUUAAGAAAAAAGUAAAAAGAUCGUUAGAACUCGUUGAAGAACAUGCUCCUGAAGGAACUUAUCGUCCUCAAUUUAAUGAAGAUGAAGCCCUAAGUCACACAUCGCCUGAUUUAUCUAUGAAACAUUCUAUGCCUUCAAUACCUACAAUACCUACAACGCCUUCCAUAUCACAACCGGUGACAAUGUCUUUAGUUGAAUCAAAGAUUACAAACACGGAGGGAACAAAUCAAAUGACCACUACGACGUCAAAUGUAGAACUGAUUGAAACCACUACAGAAGACUACAGUGACAUGGGAGAACCGAAUUGCGAUUAUGACCCUAUUAAGUUUGUAUUGAAAUGUGCAUUAAAUCUUAUCACCAGUAUUUUUGGAUUAUCUGAUACAUGCUGUAAGCCGAUAUUUUAACUUAUCUUAUGUUUUAGAAAAUAAUAAUCGUUCUUA